UGGCCAUGCAGCUAACAGGCGCCUGCCGCCUACGCGGCUCGAGCUCGCCCUGACCAUGCACGCAUGUCGUUGCCCUGUAUAGGACAAUCUCCGAAUCUGCCUCACCCUUCAAAAGCACAGCGAUCGAACGCAUUGCUUCGAGAAGACACUGCCGCAAUACAACAUAUCGACAUCUGAUCUUGGAUCUAUUGAGGCGUUCGGCGUUCUGCAUCAUUCAGAUAUAAUCCGACCUGCAGCCUCUUUUGUCACUCCUCAUUAACCGAGCUACAUUGUCUACCUCGCCACUUUCAUCCUCUAUUACAUCUAAGUCUUUGUGUAUCGAAUUCUUAUUACUCCCCUUUCCCAUCAUCACCUUUUCAUUAUGUUGGGGUACGCGGACCACCCGACGCCUCCUUUCAACUCACCCUACCAACACCAUACAUCAAGACCAACACUACUUGAAUCACCGUAUCCCUCACCGAAUCGAAUUGAGCCCGGAUCGAAAUUCCCAGAUAGUCUUGGACUCUACAAUUACCAGCAACCACUGCCAGUGUGCCUACCCCCAUCGCCGCCUCAAUCCUCUCCUGCCUGGGUUGGCCAUCUUUCUAGUGGAACUUCUUCAGUCUCACUUGAAGCCAUCGCAGAUCCUUGGACGUCAGGAGCUUUCGAACACCCAGUCUCUCAAUCGCCUCAGCCUUGGAGCUCUGCUCAUACAUCACCCCGCUCUUCGCUGUCAUCUUCGACUCGAGACAUGUCUGUCUUUUCCCACGACGAUUCAGAGAGUUCCUACUCUGGAAUGAGGAUUGGAAGUACAAGUUGGGCUACAGAUGCACGAUACAACUCAGAAGGAUCAUCUCAAAUGAACAACAUGCAAUUCUCGCAGCAGCACCCGCUUACUGCUAUGAUCAGUCGAAUGGAUACGGGUGCAUACCAAUAUAGCAGCGCGUACACACCUGCAUCGAUGACCAGUCUCGAGCCAACGCCUGCUCUCAGUUAUAGAUUCCAUGACUAUGAGCGAACACCUUCAGAGAAGAGCGUCAAAAUUCCACGCAGUAAAUCUCGCUCCAAGUACAUCACCACAAGCGUGCCACGAGAACGAUCACGCAAUCCAAGGCAUACAGACCCCGCAAAAGCCACGUUUCGUUGUGAGACAUGUCCUAAUAAGGGUUUCGCAAGGAGAUACAACUUCACUCAACAUAUGUUGACCCAUCAACCCUACCGAAAGAAGGACCACGUCUGCCCAGACCCCAGCUGCUCAAAGGCAUUCACACGGAAAACGGAUUUGGUGCGACAUAACUUGAGUGUUCACGUCCAAUCCAAAGAAUUCAAAUGUUUGAAUUGUCCUAAGGAUUUCUCGCGCAAGGACACACUCCGCAGGCAUGAAGAAGAUGGAUGUACACGCCGCUUUCAGGUGCAAGUCGAAGACCCUGUAAUGCUUGCACGCCUUCGAAGCGACGCAUAUUCAGCCAACGGAGGACUUUAGACAUAGGCCUACAGAUCAUAUGUACAAAAGGAAGCUAUUGAAACACGGAAAUGGUAACGGAUGGGAGUGGUAUUUGAUUUUCUUGUAGCAUUGUAGCGUGGGCAUUGGUUUUGAUAUUUGGGUAACAGUGAGUAUACCCUUGGCGUUAUCAGCUCGAUACCUGGAUGCGAUAGAUGGGCUUCGCAACGACAUUUGGGAGGCUGUUUGAAUCUCUUGAGCUG